AUGUUCUAUAAAGUCAUCCUCAACAGCAGCAACACCAACUACAACACUAACACUAAUGAAAUCCCCAAUAAUAACCCAAAAAACACCAUCCAAAACAACACCAACCCCAGCAAUACCAACAGCCCAAACACCAACCACAACACCAACCCCAGCAACACCAACCUCAACAACAAAACCAACACCAACACCUACACCAAUCUCAACAACACCAACCUGAACAACAUCAACCCAACCGACAACAUCCUCAACAACACCAACCCAAACAUCAACCCCGACAACACCAACUCGAACAGCACCAACAGCAACACCAACCCUGGCAACACCAACACCAGCUCCGGCAACACCAACACCAACAACACCAACACUAACCCCAGGAACACCAACCCCAGGAACACUAACCACAACAAGAUCAACCACACUAAUAACAACCCCAAAAAAAACAAUCCCACUAACUCCAUCCCCAACAGCACCAAUCACAACACCAACACCAACAGCACCAACCCCAGUAACACCAGUCCCAACAAUACCAACACCAACCCCAACAACACGAAUCCUAUCAACCCCACCAACACCAACACCAACACCAACCCUAACACCAAACUCAACAACAUCGACCCAAACAGCACCUGUCCCAAUGAAAGCAUCCUCAAAAACACAAAGUCGAACACCAAAUGCAACACCAAACCCAACAACCCCACUCCAACAACAACCAAUCUAAGAACACCAAAGCCAACAACACACCAACCCCAACAACACCACACCAACAAUACCAACACCAGCAACAACAACCAUAACACCAACACCAAACUCAAUGGGAACCUGAAUAACAACCCAAAUAACACUGUCCACAACAACACUGACCCCAACACCAACCACAACACAAACCCCAACACCUACUCCAAGAACACCAACACUAGCAACACCAACACCAAUAUCAACAUCUGCAAAACAAGCUCCAACAAUUUCAAUCUCAACAACACCAAUCCCAACACCAACACCAACAAUCCCAACACCAGCAACAGCAACCACAACAUCAAGCCCAACACCAACCCCAAUGCAAACCUAAAUAACAACCCAAACAACACUGUCCACAACACCAACCCCAACAACACUACCCCAGCAACACCAACCGCAUCAACACAAAUCCCUGCAACACCAACAAUAAUGCCUCCAACAACACCAAUCCCAUCACCAACCCCAACAAUAACAACCACAAAUAAAACAAUCUCCAACAACACCAAUCCUAACAACACUAACUCAGCAACACCAACAGCAACAACACCUACCAAACAACACCAAUGCAAUGCAGACCCCAACACUACCCCAAAUAAAAGCAUCCUCAACAACACCAAUGGCAGCAACACCAACACCAAAACCAACCCCAACCCCAACUACACCAUUCCCAACAACACCAAACCGAGCAACAUCGACCCCAAUGACACCAACGUCAACAACACCAACCCCAUCAACACAAACCACAAAAACAUUGACCACUGCAAAAUUACCCCCAACAACAUUUUGAUCAACCUCAACAACACCAACCUCAUCAACACAACCCCAACAAUACCUACCUCAACAAAACCAACCCAAACACCAUCAACCCCAAGCAACACCAACCCCAACAACACCAACACCAACCACAACAAAGUUAACACAAAAAACAUUAACCCCAACUACAACAACCAUGGCAACAAAAACACCAACUCAACAACACCAACACCAACCCCAACACCAACUGCAAUGACACAAACCGCAACACAAACCCCAAAAACAUCAAAAGCAACUGCAAGAACACCAUCCCCAUUGACACCAAUCCAAGUAACACCAAUCCAAGUAACAUCAACCCCAACAACACCAACUCUAACCCUCCCCAACAAUAUCAACCCCAGUAACACCAACCACAACACCAACUCGAAAAACACAAACCACAACAACAAAAUCAAUCUCAACAGCACCAAAACCAGCCCUAACAACACCAACCGCAGGAACACCAACCCUAACUCCAACACUCACCCUUGCAACAUCAAACACAACAAUACCAAUCUCAGCAAAACCAAGCCCAUCACAAACCCUAACACCAACUGCAACAACACCGACCCCAACAACACCAACACUCACCCCAUCAGCACUAAACCCAACAGCAGCAACCACCACGACACCCACCCCAAAAACAACCACAACUCCUACCCCAACAACACCAAUCCCAGCCAAACCAACCCCAACACCAAACCCAACACCAACUCAAACAACAUCUAG